AUGUCGCGCACAGCCACAGCCACACCUCCGCCACCACUCUUCCACCAAAAGAGCUCCACGCCAUCGGCACGCCAUGCGUCCAAGGGCAACAUGGCUGCUCCGGUGCAGACCGGUGGUGGCGGCAGUGGGUUCCAGCGCCACUUUAAAAAGUCGUCCAAGACCAUCAACGCCUCGCCGUUGAAACAGGUCGCGCCAAUGUCGGCGAGCGAGAUGCUCGGCAUGCCGACCAGCAAAGAGGCUACACCCGACCCCAUGGCCAACCGUGAUCCUGCGUCCAUCUCAUGGUCCGAAGACAACACCGACGCCCUCUCGAUUGCGACUUCUGUGCCGUCCAUGUCGGCGGGAAGCUCGAGCUCGGACAUUGCUCCAUCGCUCGCAACCCCCGACACGACGCCGUCGUCGUCAAUCUAUGGCGACAACGCCGAGAUUGUCAACGCGUCCAGUGUCUCGCUCGGUCUCGCCAGUCCUCCUCCCAGGUCAUGGGUCAACGGCUUUGGCAAGAUGGCCCGUGCUGCCGGCAUCAUGAACCCCUUUGGCCGUCGCCGCGAAGGAGAGUCACCGCGUGGCCUGUCGCCGCGCGUCAUGUCGCCUCGUAUCAACUCGCCCAAGGUCCCCUCGUCCCCAGCUCCGCAACUGUCGUCGCCCCUCUCGCCCAUGGUGGGCACCUUGGUUUCACCUUACAUUGCCCCUUCCCCCGGGUCGAUUGCGCCCUCGUCGGUCGCAGUCUCGCCCAUGGCAUUUACCGUGACGCCUGCGCCCGAAGUCGCCGACAUGAUUCUGGACACGCCUCUGCCGCCGCACGCGCUUCCGCCAGCUAUCGCGCACCCGAACAACAUGCCGCCUGCCAUGCCCCUCGACCAGCCACCAACUGAGAACCCUGCAGAGGCUCUCAGGCGCUACGAGUGGGCCGAGGAGCAGCGCCGUCAAGUGACCGAGUUUGCCCGACUGUGCUCGCAGUGGCCGCAGAGUGGCUACAACCAGGCCAAGUACCCCGGUGGCCACCAAGGUCCCUACGUGCCCCAGUCGUGGGCCAACCCUCGCCAUGUCAUUCGCACCAUGCAGCGUCAAGCUGAGUUGGAAAAGCAACUGUGCGACUCCGAGUCGACCUUUUACGCGGCCACGCACGCGGCCCGUUCGGCGUCGUCUACCGACGUCGACUCGGACCCCAGUGUGUACUCGCACAUUUCCAGCCAGAGCUCGCUCGCCACGUCCGUGUCGCUUGGUGGUGGUGGCGGUAACCAGGAACCCGAGUCGGAGGCACUCUGUGCCGCUGUUUGGGCUGCAACCAAGACCUACCGCGAGCCUCCGUCCCCGAUCACCGAUGACCUCAAGGACCAGAAGACCGCUGCAGACCUGCGUGCCGCCAUGGCCUCGCCCAUGGUGGACGCGUGGCGCGGCGGUUCUGGCGGCGAGGCGUCGAUCAUCUCGGUCAGCUCGGUGAUCUCGGUCGCCACCACGGCCACUGUCGAGGACAAGUCGGACUCUGCCUGGCAGUCGCUCGCCAACUCUACAAAGUCGCUCACCGAGCUCGACCACAUGGCCGAGCUCGCUACCAACGACCGCAUGGAUGUGGACGAGGAGCCUUCGGAUGCCCUGUCGUCGAUCCCCUCGAUCCCAGGCUCGCACCCUGGCUUUGCCGACUUGCCGCCGCCGACGCGUUCCCAGUCGUGCCCCGCCAAGCGCCCGCUCACGUUCAUUUGUGAUGACGAGGACAAGCGCCGCCGCGUGACCGAGCCCAUGGUCGUGGACGACGCUGCUACCCCAGUGUUCUCGGAGGAGCCUGCAGCGCUUCCUUCCGCCAUGUCGGCUUCGGUCCCCAACCUCAUGAACCACCCCAUGACGAUUGGCGGCCACAUCGUCAAGACGUCCAACUCGCACCCGCUGGUCAUCUCGCCCUUCCUCCCCAACGAGAUCAUGCCUGCUCUCACAAAGUACAUUGUCGCACCGGCCCACGCCACGCCCGAGCAGCCCAUCAUGCUCGCGUCCGAGCUCGAUGUGCCCUCGCUCCUGCUUUCGUGCGCUGCCGUCCAGCAGUGUCCCACCGAGGCUGGGCCCGUUGGCUCCCCCCAGGGCCACAACCCGGGUCCCAUGACGCUCAUCUUCAACCCCAUGCGUCCCCGUGGCAUCCGCGGCCACCAGUCGCACCUUGGUAACUUGCUCCUCAGCUCGUGCCCCGGCAAGCGCUUGCGCAUGGACGGCCCCGUCCGUGGUCGCGGCCCUGUCUGCCGUGACCUGCGCGCCGACCUCUGUCGCAUCCGCGCCGAAGGUGUGGGCGCUCUUGUUUGCUGCCUCGACGACGAAGAGCUUGCGCUCCUCGGCGUGCCGUGGGAGACCUACCGCGAGAUUGCCGGCUCUGUCGGCCUUGACGUCAUUCGCCUGCCUAUGCCUGAUGGAUUCACCCCCGUCUCGCUCCAGCUGUUUGAUGCCCAGGUCUCGGUCAUUGUCACCCGCUACACUCUCAAGGGCAUCAACGUCCUCGUCCACUGCCGUGGCGGCGUUGGCCGUGCUGGUCUCACUGCGUGUGCGUGGGCGAUCAAGAUGGGCUUUGUCCAGCCCCAUCCCUCGCUUGCCAACAGUGCCGCUUCGUCCCCCUCCACCCCGUCGGCAUCCAAGGCGUCGUCGUCGUCGCGCAAGUCCAAGUAUGCGCGUACUGGCCCUGCCACGCCGAUCCCCACCCACGAGGAGGAGCGCGCCGUGGUCAUGUCCAUUGUCGAGCGCUCCAUCGCCAUGAUCCGCUGCCGCCGUGGCCUCAAGGCCAUUGAGAGCAUGGAGCAGGUCCAGUUCCUGGCCAUGUACGUGACUUGGCUUAGGGAGAGCCUGGCCAUUUAG